AUGGCAAUGGCUGAAGGAAUAAACAACACUACAGUUACCAGGUUUAUCCUCUUAGGAUUCUUUGAAUUUCCAAGGCUUACAGCCAUCCUCUUUUCAAUAUUCCUAGGCAUUUAUCUCAUUACAGUGUCUGGGAAUUUGGGCCUCUUUACCCUGAUCAAGACGGAUGCUUUCCUGCACACACCAAUGUACUUCUUCAUCAGUAAACUUGCCUUCUUAGAUUUUUGCUAUGUUUCCUCCACAGCUCCCAAGAUGCUCUCAGACUUCUUCAAGAAGCAGAAAUUUAUCUCUCUUAUGGGGUGCAUCAUGCAAUACUUCUUCUUCUCCAGCCUGGCUCUGAUUGAGUGCUGUCUCCUGGCGGUCAUGGCUUAUGACCGCUAUGUUGCCAUUUGCAAUCCUCUGCUCUACACUGUGGUCAUGUCUCCCACCCUCUGUGUGCAGAUGGUGGUAGGAUCUUGCAUAACUGGAUUCUUUGGCUCAUUUAUCCAACUAUGCAGCUUACUUCAGCUCCAUUUCUGUGGCCCCAAUGUCAUCAACCAUUUCUUCUGUGACCUGCCACAACUGAUGAUACUAUCCUGCACUGACACCUUCUUCUUACAAGUUAUAACCUCUGUGCUCACAGUGAUCUUUGGACUCCUGUCUGUCCUGGUUAUCAUGAUAUCUUACGGUUAUAUCAUUGGUACCAUUCUGAAGAUCACUUCAGCAGAAGGUAGGUCCAAAGCCUUCAACACCUGUGCUUCUCAUCUGACAGCAGUGACCCUCUUCUUUGGCUCAGGCACCUUUGUCUAUUUGUGCUCUAGUUCUAAUGAUUCUCGGAACCAAAACAAGCUGGCCUCUGUUGUGUACACAGUGGUGAUCCCCAUGUUAAAUCCACUGAUCUACAGCCUGAGGAACAAGGAAAUCAAAGAUGCCCUAGCCAGAUGGAAAAAGAGAAUAUUCUCCUGGAACGACUGA